AUGAAGGCAGCACCCCUGCGGCGGCGGCAGCGGCAGCAAGCCGUGGACCCAAACGCCGUGCCGCCGCCGCCGCAGGCAGCACCCCUGCGACGGCGGCGGCAGCAAGCCGUGGACCGAAACGCCGUGCCGCCGAGUCCCGUGGCUGUGGCCUUCACGCUCGAGCCAUGCACGAUCCUGCAGCCCCACAUCCACCCCCACGCCGAGUUUGCAUUCCCCAUCAAGGGCAAAGUCACGUUCUCCGUAGUCUUCAACAACAACUCUUUCACCGAGGCACUCGAGAAUACGCAGAAGGAUGUCGGCCCCGGCGGAUUUGCCGUGUUCCCCACUGGCACGCUGCACGUCACCCAGAACGAGCACUGCGUGCCUGCCACAAUCAUGGCACUGUUCGCUUCUUCCAACCCCAGCGCCUCGUUCUACCCAUUCACCGAGCCCCAGCAAGGCACCUUCACACCCGCCAUACUGCCAACCUUGCUGCCGUUUGCAGCCGCAGGUGCCCCGCUGAGCCAUGAGGACGUGCGGCAGCUGCUGCACACAGCGCUGCGGCUACGGCAGGGCCGGGGCCAGUCUUCGGCGCUGCCCGAGCAGCUGCUGGCCCUGUUUCAGCAGUGCUACCACGAGCUGGGCCGGCCAGAGCGGCUGGCGCUCUUCCGGUCCCUCACCGCCACCUUUGGCAUCCAGGCCCACGAGCUCGACACUGCGGUGGCUGCCUGGCAGCACCUGCGCCAGCAGCAGCAGCAGCAGGCUGAGCAGCAGAAGCUGGGGGGCGAGGUAGGGCCCACAGCUGGUCCGGCCCCAGACCAGCUCUUCAAGGCAGCGGCACAGCUGUCGGCGGCCGCCACACCGCUGUACACACGCCUGCUUUCGCCGCUGAGCCAGCAGCCGGGUGGCAUCAAGUUUUUGGUGGACAUGCGGGGGGAGCUGCUGCAGGCCAUCCAGGAGCACCCAUCGGGCGCUGCGCCACUGCGUGCGCUGUCGGAAGCGCUGCGUGGAUGCCUGGCAGAGUGGUUCGGCGCGGGUGAGUUGCAAGACGGUGUGAUUGCUGCCAGGGAGGCCGUGCACGAGUUUGGCGGCUGGCGGGACCUGAAGAGCAGGCUGAGCGCCAAAAACCGGAGGGUGUAUGCCUUCUUUCACAACGCCAUGCCGGAAGAGCCUCUGGUGGUGCUGCACACCGCGCUGGCCCACAAGGUGGCGCACAACUUGCGGCAGCUGCUGCCGCACCUGGACCCCGGCCGCAGCCCGCCGGGGCACAACGGCCACCGCCACGCCCACACCGCCCUCUCGGAGCGCACAUGGGAGGAGCAGCCUCGCCUGCUGGAGCCCCACCAUCCCUACCAGGCCACGCUGGACAACGAUGCGUCCUUGGCACUGCCGUUCGGGCACCAGCAGGCGCAGCAGGCGCAGAGGGGCCAGCCCCCGAGCGUGGCCGUCUUCUACUCCAUCUCCUCCACUCAGCGAGGCCUGACAGGAGUGGCGCACCAGGUGCAGUCUGAGUUUCCCAGCGUGACCACGCUGUGCACGCUCAGCCCGCUGCCAGGCUUUGCCGACUGGUUGCGGCUGCAGCUGGCUCGUGUGGGCCAGGGCCUGCUCCCAUCGGUGCCACUGUUGCUGCCGGGGGAGGCGGAGCAGCUGGAGGAGGUGGCGGCUGGGCACCUGCCAGGACUGGGGUGGACGCAGCAUGGGGAGCAUCAGGGGGCCACAGCAGCGGAAACCGGCAAGGGCGGCAGCAGCACCGGCGCCAGCAGCAGCAGCGAGCAGCAAAAGCAGCAGCAGCAGCAGGCGGAGCAGGAGCGUGCUGCUGUGGUACUGGGCUGGGCCCUGGCCGAUGAUGCCUGGCUGCACAGCAGCCGGCUGGAGGCGGCGGUUGAGCCGGUGCUGAUGCGCCUGGCUGCACACUACCUGCUGCUGGAGCGGCGCAGGGGCCUGGCGCUGGACCCAGUGGCCAACUUCCAUCUGCGCAACGGCGCAGCGGUGAUGCAGCUCAACUGGCACGCCGACACGUCGCCGGCGGGGCUGCGGCGCAGCCACGGCAUCAUGGUCAACUACCAGUAUGAGCUGGAUCGCCUGCACGACAACAACCGAGCCUACCUGGUGGACAGCCGCGUCCCCGCAGCACCGGCUGUGGAGGCGCUGCUGGGGCCGCACGGGUGA